AUGGUGUACAAUGAGUAUGUGAUGAUUAUGAGUAUCGCGUCAAGACAAACGCCGCAGUCUCGGGCAACGCUUCAAGAGUCCUUCUCGAUGGGUCGGACCGGGGCCGGCGAGGAAAAGGCUCGGGGGCUCGAGUGCGUAUGUGUGUGCGUAUCGGAUACGGGAGUACGGGGGAUGGACGUUGCAACGAUGGACGGGGGCACAUGUUGGAUGAAUCAUAGAUGGCACAGGGCACAGGGUUUCAGACUCUUUUACUGCUUUGAUUGUUCGCGUAGAGCCUUGCUGUUGCAAGGAUUUUGUUUGUGCGUUGUGAGGAACCCUGAAAACUUGGAGUUGUGUACUUCGUAG